AUGAAGCUACCAAGUUGGCUCUAUGCGGAUCAUUUAGCUGAAAAUCUUUCUGGACGUGAAGCAUUUUUAACAAAUGAAGAUUUGAAACCAGUUGAAUAUGAACGGCGUCUUUGGGGACCCGGGAAUUUUGUGGCAUUUUGGCUUGCUGACUCAAUUAAUAUUAAUACAUGGAUGAUUAUUUCAAGUAUGGUAGUUGGAGGAUUGGCCUGGUGGGAAGCAUGGCUUUGUGUUUGGAUUGGUUAUACAAUUGUGGCCAUUUUCAUCUGUCUAUCUGGUCGAGUCGGUGCGACAUAUCAUAUUUCAUUCCCAGUCGUGAGUCGGUCAUCGUUUGGCGUGUUUGGUUCACUCUGGCCUAUUCUCAAUCGAGGCUUUAUGGCGUGUGUCUGGUACGGUGUCCAAGCAUGGCUAGGUGGGCAAUGCAUUGUACUCAUCUUUCGGUCUAUUUGUCUUUCGUACGAAACACUACCGAACACUUUACCAGCGUCAUCUGGUACGAACACACGGGAUUUCGUUGGUUUUAUUAUUUUUUGGGCGCUUUCAUUGAUCGCGAUUUGGUUUCCUGUACAAAAAAUACGGAUUCUAUUCACUGUUAAAUCAAUUGUCGUGCCUGUUGCAGCCAUAGCGUUUUUCAUCUGGACUCUAGUGAAAGCAAAAGGUCUUGGUCCUGUUGUUCAUCAACCAGGUACACUCACAGGUAAACAUGCACGGACACGAUAUGAUAUUGGAGUAGAGAUUCGCUGA